AUGAUCGUCUACAGCUGGAACUGCCGGGGGCUUGGCAACCCCCAGACAGUUCAAUCCUUUUGCCGGAUGGUGAAGGACAAGAGGCCCUCUUUGGUUUUUCUAAUGAAAACCAAAGUGACUAGUAAGAAGGUACGUUGUCUCCCUUUGAAGCUUAGAAUGGAAAACAUGUUCGUUGUGGAUUGCCGUGGAAAGAGUGGAGGCUUAAUUCUCCUAUGGAAAUCCUCGGCUCUGGUUGAAAUUCAGAAUUUCAGCUGUGGUCAUAUCAAUGCUGUUGUUAAAGAGCCAAAUGGUGGUAUUGCAUGGAAGCUGUCUUGUUUUUAUGGACAUCCAGAAGUCCAAAUGAGGCCGCAGUCAUGGAGUUUGCUUAGGCACUUGGCUACUCUAACCCCGAAACCGUGGCUUUGUUUAGGCGAUUUCAAUGAGAUCGUCUCCUCAUCUGAAAAGUCUAGUCACACAGUUCGCCCUCGGGGGCAAAUGGCCUCUUUUCAAAAGGUGCUGGAUGAUUGUUGUUUGCUAGAUUUGGGUUUCACAGGCCCAAAAUAUACUUGGUGUAAUGGGAGGCUGGGUAAUGGAAUUACAAGGGAAAGGCUAGACAGAGCAGUGGCUAACAAAGAAUGGAGUGGGUCUUUUGAUGUCGUCUCUGUGGAAGUUUUGCCCCGAACUAAGUCUGACCAUAAUCCCCUCCUAGUGUUUUUUUCUAAAAAUAAUGAAAUGUCUUGGAGAGAAAGGAGGCAAUUUAGAUAUGAGGCAAGCUGGGAGAAACACCAGGAAUAUUCCCAACUGGUAAAGCAAGUCUGGAGGACCCGAAAUAAUUGUGAACUGGCUUGGAGAAAAGUUCAAAAUAAUCUGGAGUAUUGUCAACGUGCUUUCCAGAAAUGGGUGAGAAAGGAAGGGGGAAAAGUGGAGGAUCAAAUUGUGAAAAAGGAGAGGGAACUUCAACUCCUUCAAAUGCAGGAAGAUAAUUUUGAUAUUGACAAGGAGAACCAGAUUAAAGAUGAGCUGCAAAAUCUCCUUCAACAGGAAGAUUUAAAAUGGAGACAAAGAGCUAAGGAAAACUGGCUACAAUCGAGUGAUAAGAACACAAAAUAUUUUCAUGCCAGUGCAAGUCAAAAGCACAGGAGAAAUGUGGUGUAG